AGCUUGCAUCGUUUAUCAGCUUCUAAAAAUAUCGCGCGGCGUGUCGGGGCUGCUCUGGCUUCUCUGCCCUUCUGUUGCAUGAAGCCCCCCCCCCGUACGACGUUGCCCAGAUUGAUGAGUGCAUCUGCUGCUGCUGGGCAUGUCGGGUAACGGGCAGUAUGUGCCCGACCAAGCUGCUGCGAAUACGCGCUGGAUACAGCCGUGGAGUGAGGCGUCCAGGGCACAACGGGACGUUGCACUGCGUGUGCCUGUCAAUUUCCAGACGGCCCCAGGCGUGCAGCUGACGCGGGCUUGCUUCGCCGCAAACCAGUACGAGCACAAUGCUUUCCAGAAAUGCUUCUCCAAUCUGCUGGCCGUGGGGUUUCGCAGGUUCGUCGCUGAUGUCUAUUGGGAUCCGCUACGCCAAGAAUGGAGUCUGUGUCCUGUUGAGAUGCCGAGGUCGGAUGGGGAUCCUUCGGAUGGAGGAGAGGUGCAGGUGUCGACGGGGCAGACGGUAGUGCCGUCGAGUGAUACUAGCAAGGCAGUCAUACCUGUGUCAACAGUGCCUGUUCCGCCUGGAGGAAAGAAGCGUCAAGAGACUUCGACUUCGGAUUUGCCUUUGGCGCCUCAGUCGUCUGUCCCGCCAACUUCAUCUUCGUCGUCAGUAUCUUCGUCGGUAUCUGCGUCAGCUAGUCCAUCUCCAACUAUCAUCACGUUUCCGAAUCCGAAUGGAGCUCCCAUGCUGCAGAUUGGCAACUACAAUUGCACGUCCCAGACGACAUUCGAUCUCCUCACGGGUAUACUGAAUAAUUUCCUCGAGUCGACUUCUACGACUACGGGUGCCUCCUUGAUCCUGUUUUCGUUCAACCUCCAUGCUGCGGCUUCGCUCACAAAUCCAAACGGCCCAGCGCCGUCUCUUUCCCCGAAUCAAUUACCUGGAUCAGGACAGCUCCUUAGCGAUUUGCUGCGAGGUAAUCUUUCAGACGACAUUUAUAGGCCUACUCGUCUCGCGGACCAGCGUGCUGACCUCAAUGAUUCUUGGUACAAUGUCGCCUGGAACAGUCGCCCGUUGCAAGGAUACUAUGUAAAAUCCGAGAAUGCUCAGGGCCAGCUGUCUACCACGAGUGGGUGGCCGACAGAGGCUUUUAUGGAGUUCAAAGAGCUGUUUCGUCUGAUUGCUAGCUUUGGCAGUGUGGAUCCGCAGAUGAAGAGUUACAAUAUUGCGGGCGACUCGGGAUACGUGUUCCCUCCGGGCACGAUAGCUAGGGAAAUAGAAACAUCAGUGGGUUCAGAUGGCCAAGUCACAUCCGGCUGUUUGUUCAGCGCGUCUGAGGAUGCCAUUACCUCUGCCACAAACUCGUCCUGGGCCGUCUCCACCGCACCACCACUGGACAUUAGCGCACAGCCUGACCUGUUCUCGCCAAUCCCCUCAAUCGGCAACAUGACUGCAUGCGGCACAACACCCUUGCUCAACCAGACACUCGCCGGCAGCACCGCAGACAAGAACCCCCUACCGUACGCCGCCUACGUCCAUUCCACACUAUGGACCUUUGCCCCAGGCGAGCCUCUCAACGCCACGCAAGGAGACAAGGACGAUAGCAUCAACCGUUGCGUCGUCAUGAUGAAGUCGCCCUACCCCAGCCGCUGGCGCGUAGCCGACUGCCGCGACUCGCACCGCGUCGCCUGCCACGACCCAGAGAACCCCUAUAAGUGGCGCAUCUCAGAUAAACCCGCCACCUACAACGACGCAGAAUCCCAAUGCACAGCCCCUUAUCGCUUCAGCGUCCCGCAUACCGCCCUGGAAAACUCGCAUCUCUACGCGGAAUUCUUGGCUUCUUCUUCUCCUUCUUCUCCUUCUUCCUCCUCGGACUCGUCCUCGAACAACAACAACAACAACAACGAUGUCCUCUACCUCAACCUCAACAGCAUCAACACGCCAGACUGCUGGGUCGUCGGCCGCAACGAAACGUGUCCCUAUCUCCCCACUGCAGAAACCGAUCGCACCAAAAUCGUCGUCGUGCCCACCGUCGCGGCUGUCAUCAUCUUUUUGCUCGCUGUCAUGACGUUUUUCCUCAAGUGUGCGGCGAAUCGGAGGGAGAAUAAGAGGGGUAGGAAGAGGAGGUUGGUGGAUGGUUGGGAGUAUGAGGGUGUGCCUAGUUAGUUGGAUGGUUGGGGGGUUGGCGGUUUCUUGAUAGAGCGUAUUGAUGUUGUUGUAAAGCUUCAUGUUGAGAGUAAUGUUUUUGAGAGAGAGAGAGAGAGAGAGAGAGUGUGUGUGUGUGUGUGUUUUUCUCUUCUUGGUGGGAAGGCGUGCGUGGGUUAGGGGCGUUGGGUAGAUGGGUUUUUUUUCGCAUAUAGGGAUUUUAUAGAAAAGUUUUAAGGUAUGAAGGAGAG